AUGAUGGGUGCUCCAGGGUUGGACGAGGGUGGCAUCAUCCCUCGUCUCUGUAACGCCUUGUUCGAGAGAAUUGCUGUACAACAGUCGCCACCGGCACUCACAUACAAGGUGGAAGUAUCUUAUAUGGAGAUCUACAAUGAACGUGUUCACGAUCUCCUGGACCCUGAAACGACCCGACGGUCUCUUCGUGUCCGGGAGCACGCCGUGUUAGGACCAUAUGUGGACGGACUGUCUCAGCUGGCAGUCACAUCAUUCCAGGACAUCGACAACUUGAUGGCUGAGGGUAACAAGUCAAGGACGGUGGCAGCUACUAACAUGAACAGUGAGUCAUCUCGCUCGCACGCUGUGUUCAGUGUGGUGUUGACGCAGACCUUGUGUGACGCCGCGACCGGGGUUACUGGGGAGAAGGUUGCCAGAUUAUCACUAGUGGACCUGGCGGGCUCUGAAAGGGCCGUGAAGACAGGAGCGGUAGGAGAUAGACUUAAAGAGGGAUCCAAUAUUAAUAAAUCCCUAACUACGUUAGGUCUGGUAAUAUCAAAACUGGCGGAUCAGUCUUCUGGUAAGAACAACAAGGACAAAUUCGUGCCCUACAGAGAUUCAGUACUGACAUGGCUCUUGAAGGACAACCUCGGAGGAAACAGCAAGACGGUUAUGGUGGCUACAAUAUCUCCAGCUGCUGAUAACUAUGAAGAGACCCUAUCUACACUCCGGUACGCUGAUCGAGCCAAGCGUAUAGUGAACCACGCUGUAGUCAACGAAGACCCGAACGCCAGAAUCAUCAGGGAACUGCGACAAGAAGUGGAAGCCUUGAAGGAGAUGCUCAAACACGCUACCGGUUCCCCUGUCGGAGAACGAGCAGUUGGCACAAAGGAAGGUAUAAAAGGUCGAAUACAAAGCGAAAGGCAACAGGCGUUGGAGAAGAUGGGCAUCAGUGUCCAAGCGAGCGGCAUUAAGGUUGAGAAGAACAAAUACUACUUAGUGAACCUGAACGCCGACCCCUCAUUGAAUGAACUGCUCGUUUAUUAUCUGAAGGAACAUACUCUAGUCGGUGCUGACAGUGAGGCUGAUAUCCAGACAUCUCUAUAUGGAGCCGCUGGGAGGAGCAAGGUGUUUCCUCAAUGGAGCGCCCGUCACGAACAAGAAAGGCUGGGACACGCUGACAGAAUACUAUGGGGGAACCAUCACUUCUUCAGAGUUAACUGCCCUAAAGAUAAUACAUGUGCUACAUCUGAGCCGCAGACUCCGGCUCAACCAAUUGACUACAACUUCGCCAGAGAUGAGAUCAUGUUGAAUGAGCUCAGCAACGAUCCCAUACAGACAGCCAUCUCUAGACUGGAGAGACAACACGAGGAAGACAAACAAGUUGCCUUGGAAAAACAGAGACAGGAGUACGAACGUCAGUUCCAGCAACUCAGAAAUAUUUUGUCUCCAUCAACGCCAUAUCCUCCGUACUCUUAUGAUCCGCUUAGAUUGGGUAAAAUGACAGCAUGCACCCCGACGACAGCGGCUCGUGUGGAGCGCUGGGCGGCGGAAAGAGACGACACAUUCAAACGAUCCCUCGGGAGGUUGAAGGCGGACAUACUGAGAGCGAACGCAUUAGUACAGGAAGCGAACUUCCUAGCUGAAGAAAUGAGAAGAAACACGAGGUUCAGUGUCACACUACAGAUACCGCCGCAGAACUUGAGUCCCAACAGAAAGCGUGGGGCAUUUGUCUCGGAGCCGGCGAUCAUGGUAAAACGACCGACUCGAGGUGCGCAGGUGUGGUCUAUGGAGAAGUUGGAGAACAAACUUGUGGACAUGAGGGACAUGUACGACGACUGGCGGCGGAGGAGGGACCACGAUGAUCUGGAGGCCGUCCCUAUCGAUCCCGAGACACCGACGGAUCAAAAGGAUAAAAGUCUGGAUCCAUUCUAUGAGUCUCAGGAGAAUCACAAUUUAAUCGGCGUUGCUAAUAUAUUCCUUGAGGCGUUGUUCCAUGACGUCACGCUCGACUAUCACACGCCCAUCAUCAGUCAACAAGGAGAGGUCGCGGGGAGACUACAGGUUGAAAUAAGUCGAGUGUCCGGUCAGUUCCCACAAGACAGAAUAUGUGAAGCAGCUUCAGACAGCUCCGGAGACAUGAGGGACGACGAUGAACCGCUAGACCCUGCCGCGCAACAGGUGACGAUCCGCGUGGUAAUAAAGCAGGCGAGUGGUCUGCCUCCGUCGUUAUCCAACUACGUGUUCUGUCAGUACUCUGUGUGGGGCGGCGGGGAGCCGGUUGUGGUCCCUCUUCACGUGAGCGCGGACUGCCCUCCCCCCUCUCCGCCCUCCCCCGCAGCCGCCCCGUCCCCCUCCACACAGAACACCUCUCCCAGGCACCAGCUGCUCACAUUCCGCUUCGAUCACAAGAGAGACUUCACGAUACCUCUCACCGAGGAGUUUAUAGAGCACUGCGCAGAGGGCGCUUUGUCUAUCGAGGUGUGGGGUCACCGGUCGGCUGGUUUCGGCGGCGCUGGGAACUGGGAGGUGGAGCAACAACAACUGGCCAAGGCUCGCUCACUGGCGGACCGGUGGGCCGAGCUUACUAGGAAAAUACAGCUGUGGGUCGAGAUACAUGAGCUCAAUGAUAAUGGAGACUACGCACCCGUUGAGGUUGUUCCUCGUAGUGACAUAGUAACAGGCGGCGUGUACCAGCUGCGUCAAGGCCAGCAGCGUCGCGUGGCGGUGCGCGUCAAGCCCGCCGCUAACUCCGGCACGCUGCCCAUCAUCUGUCAACACAUAGUCAGUGUGGAACUGGGCUCGGUCACUGUCAGAUCACGUUUACAGAAGCCACUAGACUCAUACCAAGAAGAAGAUCUGGCCGUAUUACGAGAACGAUGGAGUGAUGCACUCACACGACGUAGACAACAUCUACACGCACAGCUACAGAAACUGGUGAACAUGUCGCCUUCUAUGAAGAGUGAACGUGACAUGGAACGGGAACAGUCGCUGGUCGAACAAUGGGUCUCACUCACUGAGGAACGAAAUGCUGUCCUAGUCCCUAGUCCCGGAAGUCCUAUCCCAGGUGCUCCGGCCGCGUGGAAUCCGCCUCCCGGGAUGGAGCAACACAUACCAGUAUUAUUCUUAGAUCUCAACGCGGACGACCUGAGCACUCAUCCGUCGGGCGAGGAGGUGACUGUGGCCGGGUUAAACUCGAUCCUACCCAAGGAGCACGGGAACAAGUUCCACGAGCUACAGCUGCUGCAUCACCACAAGGACGUGGCCGCUGUCGCCUCAUGGGACUCCUCAAUACACGACUCGCAGUACCUCAAUAGAAUAACAGAAGCGAACGAGCGGGUGUAUCUGAUAUUGAAAACUACGGUCCGUCUCUCGCAUCCAGCGCCGAUGGACCUUAUACUGCGCAAACGACUCGCCCUUAAUAUAUACAAAAGACAGAGUCUGACGGACCGGAUAAGAAAGAAGAUUGUCAGAUCGGACCAGUUGUCCCAGACGGGCGUGACCUAUGAAGUAGUGUCCAACAUACCCAAGGCUUCCGAGGAACUGGAGGAGAGAGAGAGUCUCGCACAGAUAGCGGCCAGCGGAGAGGAGGCCUCCGCCGCUGAUGGAGAGACUUAUAUAGAAAAAUACACACGCGGCGUGAGUGCCGUCGAGAGUAUUUUGACUCUAGAUCGUCUGAGACAGAGCGUGGCCGUUAAGGAGCUGGAGCAAGCCCGCGGACAACCUAUCACCAUGCGCAAGACAGCCUCCGUACCGAACUUCUCACAGGGAGCUUUCUCACGACGCGAUGCUUUACAAACUAUAUGCAACGCAACGCAAUACGUUGUACGUUUCGUAUCAACAUUGCAAGGGCAGGCGGAUAUGUCGGAAUCCGUUGAACAAGAUAGCGUUGCGUCGCGUAGCGUGCUGUCGCAGGCCAUCGAGAGCGCCGCCAAGAAUGGGACGAACAUAAUGCGUCUUGAUUCGUCGUUUGAAUCUCUAUCGGGUCUGGGCGGUGGUCGCUCAGGCAGCGUGGCGGACCUCGCUGACGAGGCCCCGCGACGAACGAGACACUCGUACGCUGGACCCUCACACGCCGACACUGACACCACACCCACAAAACCAUUCGGACUCGGCUCGUUCCUAUCAGCUCGUCCAACGUUCCUUAACUUGAAUUUGAACCUGAACUCACUGCGACUGCAGACUCCGAACAAGUCGUCGCCGGCCAGUGCUAAAUUAGGGAUGCGUAUGACGACGUUACACGAGGAACCCGGCCGAAGAAACGACGAGGACUCGCACUCGGAACCGGAGUCAGUUCCUUCUGAUGAAUUGACAACACCACGUUCAUAUCGCACGCGGUCCCGUGCUACUCCACGCGGUUUUCUACCGACUUCAAAGACUCUAGACUCACUCCACGAGCUCGCCUGUGAACGAGUCCCCACCAAAAACUCCCCCUCCAUAUCAUCAUCCGGUUAUGCUUCCCUCAUAGGAUCACAGACGGUGUCUUCAACGAACCUCACAAAUGAUGACACUAUAUCAAUCAGAAGUAUGUCUGUUGACGAAACGCCGGAUUUCGACAAAACAAUGGAUUACACACAUCUCAGUAGGACGAAGACUUCCGUGGCCGGACUCAGGAAUGAGAUAACGGAGCUCAGAAAUGAUAUCACAGAGUUGAAACAUGAUAUUGUUGAAUCGAAGAAUGAACUGGAGGAAGUGUCGUACGAAAAGGCGAAGACGCCGGUGUUGACGCCCGGCUCGAGGAAUAGAAUUAAUCCGUUCCUCAGAGACUGCGAGGAGACGGCCAACGAGAAGAUGUUAGAUCCACUCGGCGCUAUACCAGUGGAGAACGCGACACUGUCUAGUCAACAUAAAGUCGAAUACGCUCAAGUCAAUGGAGAACCCCAACACGACACCUCAUUUGGCGAAGCUGAAGUGGAAUCAGUGAGUUCGGAGCAGUCGAGUCAUGAUGGUAGGAGUCGUGAAGCUUCUUCAGUAGGCGAAAGUGACUCGCCAGGAUCUGACCCAGUUGUCAACACGUCUCUGCCGGCUGGAAAGGUUGUACGUCGUCGUGCGGGCGCGUCCUCCCGCUACCCGUCCCGCUCGUCCCACCCCGGCCGGCCUGUGUCCGCACACGAGCCUCUCGCUCACACACACACACACGGACGAGCGCUCAGAGACACUCCAGCAUCAUCCACAGAGAGGAUUCAAGACGGAAAUGAGUCCGCGGACAGUUCCCGUUCCCAGUCGAGCGUCCCGGCGUCUGUACCCGAGUGGUUGACUGUCGGUGAGAGUGUUCAGAUCCGCCUCAGCAGUAGCACGGGCGUGGUCGCGUACGUGGGCGCCACACACUUCGCGCCAGGACUGUGGGUGGGCGUUGACUUGGACGCGCCCACAGGUAAGAACGACGGCUCGGUGGGCGGUAGUCGGUACUUCACGUGUCGUCCGCGGCACGGAGUGUUCGUGCGCGCGGACAAGCUGGUGCACGACCGGCGAGGGAAGAGCGCGCGGGCCUUCAGGGACGCUGAGCUCAAGAGGGCCUCCAGCAAGGGUGAGGGUCUUCACAACCUUCAUAGGACGAGGAGUCGCGGCGACAGUAUGAACACUGUGGGCAAGACACGCGCCAAAUAG